AUGUCAAGCUCUAUCGACAGCGCGAAGACCAAGGCCAAGGAGGUUGCCGUCGAGGACUUCAACAAGGCAAAGGCACUGGCACAAUCUGCUGCUAGAUCCGGAGCAUACCUUUAUCCCAUCAAAGGAAUCUUUUACUUCCUUUCCCACCGCUCGUUAUGGAAGCCCCUCCUCUCGAAACUCGCUCCUACCAUGACCCUCUCCUUGGGUGUCAUAUCCUUCAUGUUCGUUUUCACUUACCUACCCCAAGCAGCUGUGCUGUCCGUCGUCAAUGGACCCCUCGCAGCCAUCACCACCAUCCUGCUCACGCUGUCCGAAUCCUCUACUAUCAUAACCCUCCUCUCGAAGAACUUCCUCAUCCAAGACGCAUUGGUGGAUACAUUUGACGGUGUGUUGGUUGCGAAGAAGCAGACUGGAGUCUUGUCCGAGGGCCGUCAGUUGAAGGCCGGCAAUUUCAAUGAUCCGAUUGCGAAGCUGGGAAAGUUAAUUAAGAGUCCGUUUGAGAAGUUCACGCCUACAGCCUUAAUCCGAUACGUCAUGUAUCUGCCCUUGAAUUUCAUCCCGGUUGUGGGCACUGUCAUAUUUGUCCUGUUGCAGGGAAAGGCUAGAGGAAAUGCUGUGCACACCCGCUACUUUCAACUGAAGAACUGGUCCAACUCGCAGAGAGAGCAGUGGCUCAAGGAGAACACGGCUCCUUACACCGCAUUCGGAACAAUUGCCACUCUCCUUGAGUUGAUCCCCAUUGCAUCAAUUCUCUUCGCCUUCACCAACACUGUUGGUGCAGCCCUGUGGGCAGCCGAUAUUGAAAGCAAUAAUACUUCAAUGACCGAGAUGCAGAGCCCAAAAACUCGGGAUGAAUCUAAGAAGGCCGCUUAA